AUGGAUGCCGAGGUCGCGGCGGGCGCUACGUUCGACUCUGACGAGCUCUCGAAUCCUUUUUCUUCCGACGACUCGCUCUCAUUAGCCGAUUCUAGUGAACCAGGCGAAGAUGACGAUCCAGCCUCUGAAAGUGAUGACGAGCCACUGCUGGCGACAAGGAGAGGCAGAAACACCAACAAUGCUCAGGAUUCUGCUGCAAAGGGCAAGGCUACCAGGGCGGCAUCGACCCGCGGCGUAGGAUUUUCAGAAGCUCCUACCCUGCCCUCUUUCCUCUCUGGGGCCACUGAGAAUUCCGAGGCUAGCGAACCUGGAUCUCUGCCAGAUUCCACAGCUGAUAGCGAUAUCCUGUCGAACCUCCAUGAGCUGAGUCGCAUCACCGAACAACGUCGCGGAUUUAGGAGGUCCGGCAACAAUGCUCGCGUCAAGAGAGAGCGCAAUCGACUUGAACACCAUCAUCCCGAGCUCAGCAAAAUGUGGGACGACUUGGAGAAAAUGCCCAUUUUGAAAGCGGGCAUGGCGCAGCAGCCGCAGAGCAUUUCGCGGCGGCUUAAGCCUUUUCAGCUGGAGGGCCUGGCUUGGAUGAAGGAGAUGGAGAAGACAGAAUGGAAAGGUGGUCUCCUCGGCGACGAGAUGGGCCUUGGUAAGACGAUCCAGGCAGUGUCUCUGAUCAUGUCGGAUUAUCCUGCCAAGCAGCCGUCUCUCGUUCUCGUCCCGCCGGUUGCACUCAUGCAAUGGCAGUCGGAGAUCAAAGCCUACACAGACGGCACGCUCAAGACGUUUGUCUUCCAUGGCACCAAUCAAAAGACAAAGGGCAUCACAGUCAAGGAACUCAAAAAGUACGAUGUCCUCAUGAUGUCGUACAACAGUCUCGAGUCCAUGUACCGGAAGCAGGAGCGAGGCUUCAAGCGCAAAAAUGGAAUCCACAAGGAGAAGAGCGUCAUCCACUCGAUCCACUUCCAUCGCAUCAUCUUGGACGAGGCUCAUUGCAUCAAGACGAGGACCACCAUGACUGCAAAGGCGUGCUUCGCCCUCAAGACCGACUUCCGCUGGUGCUUGACGGGAACCCCACUCCAGAAUCGCAUCGGAGAGUUCUUCUCCCUCAUCAGGUUCCUCAACAUCAAGCCCUUCGCCUCGUACCUGUGCAAGCAAUGCCCCUGCUCGUCUCUGGAGUGGAAUAUGAAGGACGACAACCGCUGCCGGUCCUGCAACCAUGCCGGCAUGCAGCACGUUUCCGUCUUCAACCAGGAGCUGUUGAAUCCCAUCCAAAAGUUCGGCAACCUUGGGCCUGGACGCCAGGCGUUUCGCAAGCUGCGCCUGAUGACGGAACGAAUCAUGCUGCGGCGGCUCAAGAAGGACCACACCGACGCCAUGGAGCUUCCGGUCAAGGAAAUCUAUGUCGACAGACAGUUCUUUGGCGAGGAAGAAAACGACUUUGCCAACAGCAUCAUGACGAAUGGGCAGCGCAAGUUCGACACGUACGUGGCCCAGGGCGUGCUGUUGAACAACUAUGCCAACAUCUUCGGCCUCAUCAUGCAAAUGCGACAGGUUGCCGAUCACCCGGACCUGCUUCUCAAGAAGCACGCUGAGGGCGGGCAAAACGUAUUGGUCUGCUGCAUCUGCGACGAGCCCGCCGAGGACACGGUUCGCAGCCGCUGCAAGCACGACUUCUGCCGAGCCUGUGUUGCUAGUUACGUCAGGUCGACGGACGAGCCGGACUGCCCUCGCUGCCACAUCCCGCUGUCAAUUGACCUUGAGCAGCCUGAGAUUGAGCAGGACGAAAGCCUGGUCAAGAAGAACUCCAUCAUCAACCGCAUCAAAAUGGAGAAUUGGACGUCGUCGUCCAAGAUCGAGCUGCUCGUCCACGAACUCCACAAGCUCCGGUCUGACAAUGCAUCGCACAAGUCCAUCAUCUUUUCGCAGUUCACCACGAUGCUGCAGCUCAUUGAAUGGCGGCUGCGAAGGGCCGGCAUCACGACUGUCAUGCUGGACGGCAGCAUGACACCAGCUCAGCGUCAGGCCUCGAUUGAGCACUUCAUGACCAAGGUGGACGUGGAGUGUUUUUUGGUGUCUCUCAAGGCUGGCGGCGUGGCUCUCAACUUGACUGAAGCGUCGAGAGUCUUUAUUGUUGACCCAUGGUGGAACCCAGCAGCUGAGUGGCAGUCGGCCGAUCGCUGCCAUCGAAUUGGCCAGACGAGGCCAUGUACCAUUACACGCCUUUGCAUCGAGGACUCUGUCGAGAGCCGAAUGGUGUUGAUCCAGGAGAAGAAGACGAGCAUGAUUCACUCCACCGUCAAUGGCGACGACAAGGCCAUGGAGUCUCUGACCCCGGAGGACAUGCAAUUUCUCUUCCGGGGUUCGUAA